GAAGCUUGUGAAGCAAAUGUUUUUACCCUCUCUAUAUUCCUUUGUGUUUUAUAUUUUCUCCUCACUACCUGUAACUGUUUUCCCUUCCCACAUUCUCACAUUCCCCCUCACUCCACCCCUCCCUGGCUGCAUAUAUCCGGUGGGAUGUGCGGCUGGAAGGGGUGGCUUCUCAGCUGUGGGGGAGUUAUUAUCCCGGGACAGGUUGGCAGCAAAGGGGCGCACAGAACAGGAUUUUUGUGCCAAUCCCCCCCCCCAAGCACUACCUGCCCCAUGCAGUUCCCCGUAAGGUGGCUAAUAAGGAGAGCAGCCGAGAGAUGUAAAUGCUGCCCAAAGGAAUCAGUGGUGAUGGAGCGGUAGCAUCUUAACCAAGAAAGCAUUUAUGUGAAAUUGCCAUGGGGACAGCCUCUUCUCUGGUUAACCCAGGAGAAGUCAUUGAAGAUACAUAUGGCGGUGGAGGAGGUGAAGCUUGUGUGAUUCCUGUAGAAGUGAAACCCAAAGCACGUUUACUACGCAGUUCUUUCAGGCGUGGGCCUAGAGUUAUUGGAGCCAGCUUUAAGUCCACAGCCUCAGUGGACUUGGAAUAUGCUGCUGAAUAUGAAAGGCUAAAAAAAGAAUAUGAGAUAUUCCGGGUCAGCAAGAACAAUGAGAUUGCCUCUAUGCAAAAAAAGGAGGUCAAACUGGAUGAGGAGAACAAGAGGUUAAGAGCUGAGUUACAGGCACUGCAAAAAACCUACCAGAAAAUUCUGCGAGAAAAAGAAAGUGCAGUAGAAGCUAAAUACCAGGCAAUGGAAAGGGCUGCUACAUUUGAACAUGACAGAGACAAAGUGAAGAGGCAAUUUAAGAUUUUUAGGGAAACAAAAGAAAAAGAGAUCCAGGAUUUGUUACGAGCUAAACGUGACCUGGAAGCCAAAUUACAACGACUGCAAGCCCAGGGAAUCCAGGUGUUUGAUCCAGGAGAGUCUGAUUCAGAUGACAAUGGUACAGAAUUAACUGUUCCUGGCACACAGUGUGAAUACUGGACAAGUGGAGGUCUGGGAAGUGAGCCUUCUAUAGGUAGCAUGAUGCAGCUUCAGCAGUCCUUCCGUGGCCCUGAGUUUGCUCAUAGUUCUAUCGAUGUUGAAGGACCAUUUGCCAAUGUGAACAGAGAUGACUGGGAUGCAGCUGUUGCCAGCCUUCUUCAGGUUACACCCCUCUUCUCUCAGUCUCUGUGGAGUAACACUGUGAGAUGCUACUUAAUGUAUACUGCAGAAACUCAAGCUGAAGUAAAAAUCUUCCUGAAGGAAUAUUCUCCAAAGCUUCAGAGAAUGUGUGAGACCUCGGGUUAUUUCUUUCAAGUUACCUUUUUCCCUGAAGAAUGUGAAAAUCAAUACUUUGCUGUACGAAAAUGGGAAAUUGAAAAAAGUUCCAUAGUCAUUUUAUUUAUAUGCUCUUCCUUGCCCAGCUGUCUGCAGGAGGACUGUGAGGAAGCAUUCCUGAAGAACACUGAAGCAAAACCUUGUUUAAUAUAUCACAGGAUUGAAGAUGGAAGGUCUGACUCAGAGGGCUUAAAACAGCUGCUGGAACAAGACACCAACAAAGCCAAUAAAACAAAGAUUGUUGAUCAUUAUGGAGACCCAGUGGAAGGAGCAAAUAAGAUAUACUGUCAGCUUGAGCAAGUUAUCAAUCAGGAUUUAUUAGGUAUCGAGAUUACUGAUCCCAAUGCAAAGGAUGACUCCGCAACUAAGGAAGAAGAUGACUUUUGGGAUGUACUAUGGGAUGUUCAUGAUGAGCAGGAACAGAUGGAGGCUUUCCAGCAGGCAUCUCAUUCUAUAUGUGAGCUGGGCUUUCAGAAAUAUUAUGAUCGAUUGAAUGACUUGGUAGCUGCACCCGCACCUAUUCCCCCACUGCUUAUUUCUGGAGGACCUGGAUCAGGCAAAUCAUUACUGCUAUCAAAAUGGAUUCAGCUUCAGCAGAAACAUUCUCCAAACACUUUGAUGUUGUAUCAUUUUGUUGGAAGACCAUUGUCAAGCAGCUCAGAACCAUCACUGAUGAUAAAAAGGCUAUUUCUUAAGCUAAUGCAACACUCCUGGUCAGUAUCAUCAUUAUCUCUGGACCCUGCUAAGUUCCUUGAAGAGUUUCCUCAUUGGCUUGAAAAGCUAUCUAUCCGCUACCAAGGAAACAUUAUCAUUAUUAUUGACUCCAUUGAUCACAUACAGCAAUCUGAGAAACAUAUGAAGUGGUUGAUUGAUCCUUUACCAGUGAAUGUUCGAGUCAUUGUUUCUGUGAAUGUUGAAACCUGCCCCCAGGCAUGGAGGCUGUGGCCAACUCUUCACCUUGAUCCACUGAAUUCAAAAGAUGUUAAAUCCCUUAUAAAUAUGGAGUGUGGUGGAGCAAAUAUCAUACUAACCAAAGAGCAGGAUAGAAAACUGGAGAGACACUGUCGGUCAGCAACAACAUGCAAUGCUUUAUAUGUAACACUAAUAGCGAAACUACUUACCUGGGCUGGGAGCACUGGCAAUAUUGAUGAUGUUUUACAGCUGUGCCUGCAGUGUCAGGAUACCGUUUCUCUAUACAGACUGGCAUUGCACUCUGUGCAAGAGGUUAUGCCAAGUGCAAAAGACAAGGAGUUUAUGAGGGAGAUUCUAUGCUUUAUCAGCGCCAGCCGUAAUGGGGUUAGCGAAUGUGAACUGAUGGAACUCUGCCCAGGUCUCACAUGGCCAGUCUUAACAUCUUUGAUAUUUCAUCUGUAUACACUGGUUCUUCUGAAGUACAGCUGUGGGUUGAUUCAGUUUCAGCACCUACAGGCAUGGGAUGCUGUGAAUCUGGAAUAUAUGCAAGGGGAUCAGAGUAUUAUUUCAGAGUACAGAGAGAAACUAAUACAGCAUUUCAAUGCACAAUUAAGCUGUGACAGGGUAACAUGGAGAAGCGCUGAUGAGCUCACUUGGCUUUAUCAACAACAAGGAGAAAAGCAGAAAUUGCACAGAUGCCUCAUGAACCUCUUUGUCUCUCAGAACCUUUACAAAAGAGGGCAUUUUGCAGAAUUGCUUAGCUACUGGCAGCUUGUGGGUAAAGAUAAAAUCUCAAUGGCGUCUGAAUACUUUGAUGCGUUAAAGCAGUAUGAAAGAAGCUGUGAAGGAGAAGAGAAGAUGACCAGCCUGGCAGAUCUUUAUGAAACAUUGGGGCGAUUUCUUAAAGACUUGGGCCUCCUAAGCCAGGCAGUGACUCCUCUUCAGAGGUCAUUAGAGAUCAGAGAGACUGCUUUGGAUCCAGACCACCCUAGUGUUGCCCAGUCUCUGCACCAGCUGGCUGGAGUUUAUGUGCAAUCUAAGAAAUUUGGAAAUGCAGAGCAACUCUACAAACAAGCACUAGAAAUAAGUGAAAAUGCUUAUGGCAGUGAACACAUGAGAGUAGCAAGGGAGCUUGAUGCACUGGCUGUGCUGUAUCAGAAACAAAACAAAUUUGAACAAGCAGAGCAGCUGCGGAAAAAAUCACUGAAAAUUCGACAAAAGUCUGCAAGAAGGAAAGGCAGCAUGUAUGGGUUUGCUCUGUUACGGCGCCGUGCUCUACAGCUAGAGGAAUUAACACUGGGCAAAGACACCUCUGAUAAUGCUCGGACCCUGAAUGAACUUGGAGUGCUUUAUUAUUUGCAGAAUAAUCUUGAAACAGCUGAAACAUUUCUUAAGCGUUCACUGGAAAUGAGAGAGCGGGUGCUUGGUGCUGAUCACCCUGACUGUGCGCAGUCAAUAAAUAACCUAGCUGCAUUAUACAACGAAAAGAAGCAGUAUGACAAGGCUGAAGAGCUCUACGAGAGGGCUUUAGAUAUUCGCAGGAGAGCACUGUCUCCUGAUCACCCUUCCCUGGCAUAUACAGUUAAACACCUAGCUGUUCUCUAUAAAAGGAAAGGUAAGCUUGAUAAAGCUGUGCCUCUCUAUGAGCUGGCUGUGGAGAUUCGCCAGAAGUCUUUUGGCCCCAAACAUCCAAGUGUUGCUACUGCUCUGGUGAACCUUGCAGUACUGUACUGUCAGAUGAAGAAACAAGCUGAAGCCUCGCCACUGUAUGAGAGAGCAAUGAAGAUUUAUGAAGAUAGUUUGGGUCGAAUGCAUCCAAGAGUUGGAGAGACAUUAAAAAAUUUAGCUGUGCUAAGAUACGAAGAGGGCGACUUUGAAAAGGCAGCAGAGUUAUAUAAACGAGCAAUGGAAAUCAAGGAAACUGAAACAUCAGUCUUGGGAGCAAAAGCUCACUCAGGACAUUCUUCAAGCGGGGGAGACACCUAUAGUGUCCAGAAUGCAUUACCAGUCUGUGCAUUCCCUGAGUAGAAGAGACAACAACUUUUUUGCCUUUGCAGACCAAGAGUGCACAUUGUUUCCGCUACUGGAGGUGCUAGCUAACAGAGCCUACACUCAGAAUGGGGGAAACAAUAGUUUAAAAACUCUCUUACAAGUGCUCUGGCCCCACACCAGAAGGGAGCUCCUGAUAUGGACUGCUGUGUUGAGGUACACAUUUGUGCAUAGUGAGCAAGUGCUUCAGCUCACUCAGUAUGUUCAUGCUUGUGACAGGUCAGUGUAUUCCCCAUCACAUACACACAUAACAAGUGAGCUGGAGCACUCACUCCCUAUGCACAUGCCUAAUUUUUGGGGGGAUAGGUCUUUUUAAGAUAAACCAUUCAUUUAAAUGUCUGGACAUUAAAAAGCAACAGCAGCCUAAACUGAGAGAAAACAAAAUCACAGUGGUUUAUGGCUGUUUUUACUCAGGAAUGAUCAAGUGCCUUGCCUGUAUUACAAGUAUUAAACAUUACAAAUACUCUCCACA